AUUAUUUGUUCAUACUUUUGAACACAUCCCUAUUUUUAUAAUAAAUAAAGUUGAUAAUUAACGUCAACACUUGCAGUCACCUGUCGAAAGAGACACUUUUGAAGUCCUCCAAUGGUUUGAGUGGAAUCCAGCGGCGGGCCAAUAGGAAGCCGAGUCGAGCGGGCGCCGCUCGCUUAUUGGUUAAGAAGGUUCAGUCCCCCCGCCACCCCCAAGAUCGGCUGGUGGACGCGCUCCGCACUCGGCGUGACGACCGAGGAGGCAAGGCUCGCGGGUCCGGUGGUCGCGGUUCUUUCGGCUUGCGUUGCCCGCACUCGCGCAGCCAUGGACGAGAUGGAGGAAGAGCUCAAGUGCCCCGUGUGCGGCUCCUUCUUCCGCGAGCCCAUCAUCCUUCCCUGCUCGCACAACAUUUGCCUGGCGUGCGCUCGCAACAUCCUGGUCCAGACGCCCGACGCCGAGUCCCCGCAGAGCAGCCGAGCCUCCGGGUCCGACUACGACUACCUGGACCUGGACAAGAUGAGCUUGUACAGCGAGGCGGACAGCGGCUACGGCUCGUACGGGGGCUUCGUCAGCCUGCCGACCACCCCGUGCCAGAAGUCCCCCAACGGGGUCCGAGUGUUCCCCCCGGGGCCGGCGGCGGCCGCCCCGCACCCGCAAGCGCCCUCCGCGCAACCCGGCUGCCUGGCGCCCAUCCCCCGCAACUCGUGCCUCACGUGCCCGCAGUGCCAUCGCAGCUUGUUGCUGGACGAGCGGGGUCUGCGCGGCUUCCCCCGCAACCGGGUGCUGGAGGGCGUCGUGGAGCGCUACCGCCAGGGCCGGGCGGCAGCCCUCAAGUGCCAGCUGUGCGAGAGGAACCCCCGCGACGCCACCGUCAUGUGCGAGCAGUGCGACGUGUUGUAUUGCGAGCCGUGCCGGAUGCGCUGCCACCCGCCCCGCGGGCCCCUCGCCAAGCACCGGCUGGUGCCGCCCGCCCAGGGCCGGGUCGGGGGGCCCGGGCGACGCGCCGCGCCCCGCAAGACCUCCACCUGCACGGAGCACGAGUUGGAGAACCUGAGCAUGUACUGCGUGCAGUGCAAGACGCCCGUGUGCUACCAGUGCCUGGAGGAGGGCAAGCACGGCACGCACGAAGUCAAGGCGCUGGGAGCCAUGUGGAAGCUGCACAAGGGUCAACUGUCUCAGGCUCUCAACGGGCUCUCGGACCGAGCCACCGAGGCCAAAGAGUUCCUGGUGCAGCUCAGGAACACCGUGCAGCACAUCCAGGAGAACGGCGUGGAGUUCGAGGCCUGUCUGGUGGCGCAGUGCGACGCCCUCAUCGACGCGCUGAACCGCCGCAAGGCUCAGCUGCUCGCUUGUGUCAACAAGGAGCACGAGCACAAGCUCAAGGUGGUGCGUGAUCAGAUCUCGCACUGCACGGUGAAGUUGCGCCAGACGACGGGCCUGAUGGAGUACUGCCUGGAGGUGAUUAAAGAGAACGACCCGAGCGGCUUCCUCCAGAUCUCGGACGCGUUGAUCCGGAGGGUUCUGAUGACGGAGAGCCAGUGGGGCAAAGGGACGCUGACGGCGAGGAUGACCAGCGACUUUGACCUGACGCUGGACAGCGCGCCGCUUCUGCAGACCAUCCACCAGCUGGACUUUGUGCAGAUGAAAGUGCCGUCGGCUCCGAUGCUCCAGCUGGAAGAAUGCUGCACGGAGAACAAUAGCGGCACAUUGUCAUGGAAACAACCGCCGCUCUCCACCAUCGCCGUGGACGGCUACAUCCUGGAGCUGGACGACGGCGACGGCGGCCACUUCAGGGAAGUGUACGUGGGGACGGAGACCAUCUGCACGGUGGACGGCCUGCACUACAACAGCACGUACAAAUCCAGGGUGAAGGCCUUCAACGCCAGCGGCGUGGGACAAUACAGCAAGACGCUCGUCUUGCAGACCUCCCAGGCUGGGCUUCCUCCGUGUGACAUGCAGUCAGACGCCGCACCGAUCCGCCUGUCGAUCUCCCGUUCCAUUCUUCCCUCACUCGUGACCAAGACCCCAAGAUACUUGAACUCCUCCACUUGGGGCAGGAUCUCAUCCCCGACCUGGAGAGGGCACGCCACCCUUUUCCGACUGAAGACCAUGGUCUCAGAUUUGGAUUUCCUCGAAGCCGUCCGGAAGUCUUUCUCCAUGGCCUUACCGAACUCCUCCCAUACCAGAGUUUUUGCUUCAGCGACCACCAAAGCUGCGUUCCACUUGGCCAGCCGGUACCCAUCAGCUGCCUCAGGAGUCUCACAGGCCGAAAAGGCCCGAUAGGACUCCUCCUUCAGCUUGACGGCAUCCCUCACCGUUGGUGUCCAGCCCUUUCGGGCUGUGCCAUGGGUGCAGGCCCGGCCACCAGGCGCUCGCCUUCGAGCCCCACCUCCAGGCCUGGCUCCACCACGAUAAGGUGACGGCUUCCAGGAGUGGUGGUGUUGUACUAAAAAAAUAAAUACAACUGAACUGUACUUGGCAUGUAAUUCUUUCAUGUACCACUAGAGUAAGCCCGUGCACAACUAAUGCUACUAGUACCAGACUUGGAGACUCAUUGCUCUACUUUUGUCGUACGGCGUUUGUGGCAGUGGCCUGGUUCGCAUUCGA